UACUUUGAUACGGUCGAUAAAACGUGCAAGACGUUCGUAGACGGAGGCUGUAACGAAGGAGGGAACAAUUACGGCAGCAAAGUCGAAUGCGAACAGCACUGUCUUUUCAGCAUUAACUCGUCGUGCCCAAUUGGUAGCUUUCCGCUGACCGACAGCAGGGGCUUUCCGUUCAGUUGCUUGACGGACAAAUGUCCAAAGGGCUUCAAGUGCCACUUCGCCUCUGCCAUCGCCUACUGCUGCACCGACUUGGAAAGCAACGGUAUCGCUGCUCCACUGAAGUCCAAUCAGUCGAUAUGCAACCUGAAGAAAGACAGAGGACCGUGCAACGAGUUCAAACUGCGGUUCUAUUACGAUAGAGAGGAGAAGGACUGCAAGUACUUCUUCUACGGCGGAUGCGACGGAAACAAGAACAACUUUGCAACGUUGCAGCAGUGCGCCGAAACCGUCCCUCACCGAGGCAUUCGAUCCCUUGCUUUAAAGCUGUUCGAGGUUAAUAACUGUGACUAUGACUAUCACUUCAUCGAAAGGAAGCGAAACGACGAGCAUUGUCGACGGUGAAU